CGCGCGCGGGAGCGAGCUUUGAAAGUUGACCACAGCGGAGGCGAGCAGGUUUCUGUGUGAUCAUGGUGGCGCUGCCGGGUCUUGGGAGCGGCCUGCAGCCGUGGUGCCCGUUGGAUCUCAGCUCGGGUGAGGAGACGAGGCCUCGAGUCUUGGAGAGGCAGGGAUUUUAUGGACUUGCAAAAUUACAUCUCAUGAGCUUCUUCUUUCUCUUCUUGUCAUUCUUGCAAAGGCAGAGCAUUUGGACCUUCUUCGCUGAGAACAAUAUUUCUCACAGUGCGCUGGUGGCAUUGUUCUAUCAUUUUGUUCAAACAGUCCAUAAGAAAAACGUCAGUGUGCAGCAUCGAGAAUAUGGCCUUCAUGCCGCUGGGCUUUAUUUUCUGCUAUUAGAAAUACCAGGCAGUGUAGCCAAUCAAGUAUUCCACCCAGUGAUGUUUGACAAAUGUAUACAGAUUCUAAAGAAGAGCUGGCCUCAGGAAUCUAACUUGAGUCGGAAAAGGAAGAAAGAACAGCCUAAGAACUCACAGGCUGAUUCAAGAGGGCAUAGAAAAAGAGGAAAGCCACCCAGGAAAGAUGAUAUUGAGAUGGAUGAAAUUAUAGAAGAACAAGAAGAUGAAGAGAAUAUUUGUUUUUCUGCCUGGGACCUUUGUCAAAUUCGAAAUGCCAUCUUUCACCUUUUGAAGAAUUUUUUAAGGCUUCUGUCCAAGUUUUCACUGAAAGAAAAGCCACAGUGUGUACAGAAUUGUAUAGAGGUCUUUGUGGCAUUAACUAAUUUUGAGCCAGUUCCUCGUGAAUUUCAUGUUACACAAGCCAGAAACCUUAAUCGAGCAAAGUACAUACCAGAACUGGCCUAUUAUGGAUUGUAUUUGCUGUGCUCCCCAAUUCAUGGAGAAGGAGACAAGGUAUUAGUGAGUAUUUUGAAACACUGCAAUGUCUCGGGUAUGAAAGAAGAGCUAUCAAUUCUGCAGGACCAGUGUCGGGACCCUGCAGUGUCUGUCCGGAAACAAGCCUUACAAUCUCUUACUGAACUUCUUAUGGCCCAACCUAGAUGUGUCCAGAUCCAGAAAGCCUGGCUGAUGGGGAUCAUCCCAGUUGUGAUGGACGGUGAGAGCACUGUGCAGGAAAAGGCCCUGGAAUGCCUUGACCAGCUCUUGUUGCAGAACAUUAAGCAUUACAAUAAAUUUCAUAGUGGAGAUGAUCAGCGGAAUCCCAAUUCAAGCACCUUAGGACAUAUUCUGUGUGUUAUUGGGCAUAUUGCAAAGCAUCUUCCUAAGAGUACCCGAGACAAGGUGACGGAUGUUGUCAAGUGUAAACUGAAUGGAUUCCAGUGGUCUCUAGAAUUGAUCAGCUCAGCUGUUGAUACUUUGCAAAGACUCUGUAGAGCAGCUGCAGAGACACCUGUGGAGGAACAGGUGAAGUAUAUUUUUACCUUAGGAGAUAUAGCCCAACUCUGUCCAGCCAGCGUGGAGAAGCGAGCCUUCCUUCUGAUUCAGUCCAUUCUAGCUUCUUCUGCUGAUGCGGAUCAUUUAACAUCCUGUCAAGGUAGCAGUGAAGCCCCAGCCUCUCAACCAGUCCCCCAGGUUGCAGGUUAUGUCAUGCCUUCUGCGAUUAGAGCACACGCCAUCAUUACCCUGGGUAAUUUUGGGGAGUUUUGCCUGGCUCACCUGUUACUGAAGAGAAAUCCUGUCAUGUUCUUCCAGCACUUCAUUGAGUGUAUUUUCCACUUCAAUAACUACGAGAAGCAUGAGAAGUAUAACAAGUUUCCCCAGUCAGAGAGAGAGAAGCGGCUCUUUUCACUGAAGGGAAAGACAAACAAGGAGAAGCGAAUGAAAAUCUACAAGUUUCUUCUAGAGCACUUCACAGAUGACCAGCGAUUCAAUAUGACUUCCAAAAUCUGCCUUAGUAUUUUGGCGUGCUUCGCCGACGGCAUCCUGCCCCUGGAUAUGGAAGCCAGUGAGUUACUCUCAGAUACCUUUGAGGUCCUCAGCUCAAAGGAAAUCAAACUUUUGGCAAUGAGAUCGAAACCAGAUAAGGACCUCCUUAUGGAAGAAGAUGACAUGGCCCUGGCAAAUGUAGUCAUGCAGGAAGCUCAGAAAAAGCUCCUCUCACAAGUUCAGAAGAGGAAUUUCAUAGAAAACAUUAUUCCAAUUAUCAUCUCCCUGAAGACUGUGCUAGAGAAGAAUAAGAUCCCAGCUUUGCGGGAACUCAUGAACUAUCUCAGGGAGGUCAUGCAGGAUUACCGGGAUGAAAUCAAGGAUUUCUUUGCAGUUGACAAACAGCUGGCAUCAGAACUAGAGUAUGACAUGAAGAAGUACAACGAACAGCUGGCCCAGGAGCAAGAGCUGGCGAAACAAGCAGAUGUGAACAGGGAGGCGGCAGGUGCCGCGCAGGUUGCUCCAAGUUUAGAAAUAUUGCCAGCUCCUGCGGGUCAAGAAAAUGCCUCUGUACCCCAUGCCGCAAGCCAGCCCUCAAUAUCCAUGUCAAGCACUAACCAGGCACCUCCUUUGCCUCUUUCACUUGAAACUGGGCCGUUGAAGAGGUUAAUACCCAAAGCCAGGUCCAUGUCCCUGAGUACCAUUGCAAUCCUAAACUCUGUCAAGAAAGCUGUGGAGUCGAACAGCAGGAGUCGGAAUCGGAGCAUAGGAGUGUUGCCCUUCACUUUAAAUUCUGAAAGCUUGGGCAAAACGCACAAUCAUGCAUCUUCAUACAGCUUGGAGCAAGAGUCCAGUGGAGCCAUUGACCAUGUAACUAAACGAGCAGUCAGUACUCCUGAGAAGACCAUCAGCGAUGUCACGUUUGAAGCAGGAGUCAGCUACAUAGGCACGCCACGCACUCCUUUGGCAGUCAAAGAGAAAGUUGAACCCCAGAGUCAAGGAAAUGACAUUUUAUGUUUAUCAUUGCCGGAUAAACCGCCUCCACAGCCUCAGCAGUGGAAUGUGAAGUCUCCGGCCAGAAAUAAAGACAACCCAGCCCCCAGUAGGAGGUCGCUCCGAAAGGCGCCCCUGAAAACAGCCAACUAAAACAGCGCAUUCUAGUGUCAGAGAAGCAGGAGCUUGGAAGGACCCUUUUCUGCAUGUGAAGGGCAGACGUAUGGCUUCCCUCACAACCCUAAGAAUACUGUCACUAUGUAAUACCAGAGCUUGUCCCUAUGAUUCCAACACUCUUUAAUUGUUCAUCUGUGUAGCUGGCCAGUCUUUUCUUUUUAUGAAGUAUGUGGUCAAAAAUUAUAAAAUAAUAGGGAAAGGUCUUAGCUAUUUAUUAUAACUUUACUCCAUUUGAAAGUAUCAAGUCCAUCUGUUCUGAUAAGCUAUAUUCUGGUCCUUGAGGAACACAACACAUCAGCUUUCUUUUAUAUAAAUCCAGCCUCUGUUAGCUGAUAUGAAUUCCUUACAGUAGAGUUUCCCAUUAUCUAAUGACAAGAUUUCAAUUGUAAUAUUUUUUCUAUUCUUAUUUAUGAAUUGCAGAUUUUUUAAAAAAGUGUAUGGCUUUCUAAAAUGGAAUAAUAAAGGUUAAGCAUAAAUACAG